AUGAAAAAAAAAGUACCAAAGUUAAGCAAAAAACAAAUUCAACAAAGUCAAAAGAAUUCAUCAAACCCUUUAACAGCAGAAGAAUACCUUGAACAAGGUUCAUUAGACGAAGAAAGUGGGGAUAGGUGGCUUGGAUCUGAUUUAGCUAAAGCUCUUAGGUUUUAUCAAAAAGCAUAUAAUUCAUAUUUGAAAUCAAUUCAAUUAGGUGACAAUGGAGAUUCUUACUAUAAUUCAAGUAGAUUGUUGUUACAUGUUUAUUUAUUAAUAAAAUCAGAUGGUUUAAAUUUAGAGAAUUUAGUUAAUCUUGAUGAAGUGUACAAUAGUGAACAUUCUGUUAUUGAAAGUCCAGAGCUGAUUUUGAAUUUACAUUUAAGGAGUUUGGAAACCGUGGGUGAAAAUCAAGACUUAUUAUUCAAUACAGCCAUAGUUUACAUUGAAAUAUUAGAAUCAAGUGCUUCAAACGAUGACGAGCUAAAUCUUGACAAUGCUGAAGCAAUCAGACUUUUUAAUAGUGCACGUGAUAUGUUAAUACGACUAGCUCAUGAUCAGUAUGUUGAAUUCGAAUCUUUUAUUGAGGAACUCAAGCAAUUGAAAAAUGAUGAUGAAGAUGAUAAUAACAAAUCAGUUUUCAAUCAGUCAAAAGAAGGGGAAGGGAAAAAAGAGGAGGUAAUUAGUGAAAAAGUCAUUCAACCAGUUGAUCUAUUUGAAACGGUGAUAGCAUCUUUUCGUCUAAUCCAAGCAUUAUACAAUUGUUUGGAUCUGGAUGAAUUAUUGCCUGAGAUCAAAGCUGAAGUUCAACCUAUUGAAUUUAUUGCAACCAAGAUCGCAAAGGUUAUAACGUUUGACUAUUCACAAAAUGACACCGAUGCAAACUCAAUGUUAGAAAAUAUCACCAAAGCACAAGCAGAGGAAAUUGCGAUCAAUAUGACAAUUCUACAGAGUUUGCAGUUGACUGAUGUUCAAGAUGUCAUAAAGCUAUGGGAAGAAUCAUUCAAGACUGUAUUGGUGGAUGAUACACCUGAAAAAUACUUAGCCUUUUCGGACCAGCUACAAACACAACUAGAUAGAAAAGACAUCACAUUACAAGUAGUAAACAAAUCAAAUGAUAUAAAUGAUAAGCAAACAUUUUUUGAUAUUUUGAAAUAUCAGAAUCAAGCUUUGGCUAAAGCUCAAGAUUUAGUAAACUCAGAUUUAGCUAACAAGAGAAAUCAACCACUGGGGAAAGAACUGAAUUUAGGUGCUACAAUUGCUCAAUUAUGUGACGUAUUAAUUGAAAGAGCCGACAUUUUCUAUCAAUGGUCAUCAAUGAUAGACUUUGAGACUAGUAUGAAAAACAAAGAUAUAUAUUUAACGAAUUGUAAAAAUUUAUUAAAAUCAGCUAUGAAUUUAUCUAAUACAUCAGGUGGAUUACGUGAAAGAGCAAUAGAGAAGAUGAAUAGAGAUAAAAAAAAAUACCAAUCAGUGUUUAGAUUGUGCUUGAUUGAGAAUAAGAUAUCAAUUGAAGAAUUGGAUAAGAUUAUGACAAGGAAUAAAUGGAUAAAAGAAUAUACAGAGUUGUCUAAAAUUAAUACAUAUGAUGAAAAAUUAAGAAAAAUUCCAAUAGCAUCAAUCACAUAA